AUGAAAGACUCUCUGAGCACCACAGCAAUUGCGGCUUUUCGUCUCUACAAUUUGGUCAUGAUCUCUCUAUCGAGUUGUUUCUGUUUUGCCGGUCUUUAUGUGCUAUUGACUGAAAAAUUGAAAGAUGCCCGUGCACAUACGAUUUAUUUAGUCGUUACUCAUAUAAUUGUUUACGCAAUGGAAGUCGACAUUGUGCUAACAAACCCGAUUGGUCAUCUCCCGAAUGUGGCAAUUGUUGUGCAAGGAGUUUGGCUAGAUUUACCGAUCAACUCUAUCAUUUUUCUUAACUAUGCAGAACUAAUCCCAUCAAAUGUUCUCUAUUUCAAUGAUGAUCUCAACAUCUACUUCAGAUAUUUUCUUGGCGUAUACGCAUUGUAUAGUGUCGUUUUCUUCUUUUUUGUGCAUAUAUUAAUGGAUCGAGUUGUGCCUUGUUUUUUCAAUGGCCAUUCGGUGGUUAUGAGAAUGAACACUUUAUAUCCACGAGUUAAAUUGCUAGUGAAAGGAUAUUAUUCACUGCUUUUUCGAAAAGUUCAUGUUGAUCGAAGCACAACAAUGCAAGUGAUCGAGAAGAAAGUCGAAGUUUUACCCGCAAAGCGG